AUGGAUCCGACCUUCCAGCAAGCAAAAGCAAAGCGCCGCAUCCCAAAACAACCUCCUUCGGGCGUCCUGACUCCUUUUCAACAAGACCUUGCCAAAAAUCCAUAUGCUUUGGCACUCAGUACACCCAUGCGAAGAUGCCGCUUGACAGAUGUUAAUGUACCAAAGUAUUUUCUCCAGGAUUACAAGAUACUAUCGCAUCCCAUAACAGGCGUACCAUACUUCCUACCAGCGAGCUUAUCUCGCAAACAUACAAAGGAAAAGACAGAGGAAAGGCCGAAAAUGAUAGAAGGAAUAACCAGCUAUACCCUUAAUUAUAGGAAAGCACUGUCCUCCAUGCAAAAUCCUACUGGAGGCUACUUCACAAGCCGAUCUGGAUCAAACAAGCGCGCACAUCAUAGACUGGUACCCCAAGGACUGAGAGACGUGAAACCGGCGAUGAAGAUGGUCAUGGCAUCUAGAUGGAGACCAGAUAUGGAAGACUUUGUGCUCGAACUCAUGCGACGUCGUUGUGUCGAGCAUUUGGUGGACUUGGCCAGUCUAAAGAGAGGUUAUUUGGUUGGCUGUGCCGAUUGGGAAGAUGCCGCAAGCAAACCGUCAGUUGCAGCUUUUCUUUGGACUGGCGGGAUUGGGGAUGAACCAAUUAAUCCGCCUACAGACUUUGCAACCUUGGAUCUUGGUAUGGAGGGCGGCUUGAAAGGUGGGGAGAAGAAGAAACGGAGGAAGGUGCCUGUGUACAACUUGAGAAAUAUUAUCGGAGAGGAGAAGUUGAUCGAAUUGAGGAAUGUUGGAAGCGGGAUAUUUGGUCGUGAUGUGGUUGCUUUGAAGCAUAAAAAGAUGACUGUGGAAUUGCAGAUGCAACUCUGGAAGCUUCAAGGAUAUAUGGCGGAUUACGAAAAGCUCCUGCAGACGUGGGAUGGGGGAGAGGACUUGGGAGACGAGGUUUUUGAGGAGCAUCUAGGAAACGAUGAUGAGAAAGAUGAGCAUGAGGAGGACUGGUAA